AUGUCUUCCAUCAUUGCCACCGCCUAUUUCCCUCCACUGUCACGCGAUCUGGCCCCGGACGAAUUGGACGAUCAUGACACCACUCCGCCUUCACAGACGCCUACCACGCCCCCAGCACCGCUUCGUCCAUCCCUCUCCCCCGUCACUCCCAAGAUGAAGAUCGAGCCGGACGUUCCAAACGCCUCCCCUUCACCGUUCAGCAACGUCCCCAUGGUCUCUUCCAGUACAUCUCACAGGCCACAUCCACCGCCACUCUUUCAUUCACAUUCCGACUCUCACGGUUCUUUCUCGCUCAUGGCUCGAGGGAAGAUGCUCCCUCGACGACCCUCACGUCUGGAUCCCAUGGGUAGAGAGGAUGAGGCGGAUGAGAUGGGUUAUGGUGAGCUAGGUAAAGCCCAUCCUUUACGGCGGGUUAAAGAAGAGGAGCAGGCAAAGGGAGGUGGUCAAGGUAGAUCCGAGGCUGUCACUUUACCAGGUAUCAGAGCUUUGUUCGGUUCAACAAACGAUCGGCCACCUACACCUUCUACGACUCAUUCUCUCUAUCAAUCCCCAUCUUUACCUUCUCUCAUCUCACCCUCUUCCUCACCUUCCACAGCCCGUACCUCUCGUUACUCUUCCCUCGCCACAGCAUCCACAAGCGGCUCCAUGUCUCUAGACGUUGGUCCGCCUGGUUGGUGGGCUCCAGAUUUCGAUCGCCACUCUCCCCUCCCUCCCCCCAACGUACGUUCCAAUUCCUACCCUCUGGCGCCCUACCUCGAGGAGCCCGAGACAAAACGACGACGAUCUGAUCUGCCUCCUUCCUUGCACGAUCCCGACGAGAUCGCUCGGUUGCGUUAUCAAGCUCAAGCUCGCAAUGCUUCUUUACCAGUCUUGCGUGAUACACCCGGAGCACCUGGACCAUCCUCUCAUCGUCAGAAACUACAUCCUCCACCUGCUCCCUCCGCUCAUCUACCAACAACCAAGUCGGGCAACUCCCUGUCAGGGUUUUCCGGUGGUAAGACCAGUUCAGCGCCCAUUUCACCUAGACAGGGUAAACGCCCUUCUGCCGUCUCUCGCAACCCUUCAAUUGUCAGUGGUCAACUAGCAAACUCAUUCGCUGGUCUUAAAACGGGUGAUAUGGGACCUCCGUUCUCUCGUUCCACUACACCCGACCGUCGCUCUUCUUCCCAAUCUUAUCAUCUUGAUAAUUCACGUCCUCCCCGAUCAAGUCUUAGAGAAAGUUUUGCAUCUUCACAUUCAUCCUUAUUCCAAUCUACGCAUCGUGCAUCUAUGGAAAUAGAUGCAAAACCUAAAAUCAUCGAUCGACAUUCUUUCACUCAACCACCAUCACCCGAGACUAAACGUCUUGCACCUCGACGAACUUCAUUGACUGAAAUUGUCCGUCCUCAAGUCAUAGAUGAAAUACCUCCUCGAUCAGCUCAAGUGGAAGAAAGACGUCAAGGGGUAGGUAGUGUAAAGCUGGAAAAAUCACUAUCUGAUGAAUCCUUGCGGAUCUGGCACCCACGUCGUACUUCCAACUCGUCAUCUUCCACACAUUCCACAGGAGAUGUCGAGGGACCACUACCUUCGUUGAGAGGUCGGAAGAGAAACGCGGAUAUGAGAGACGAAGAGGAUAUAGAUCCUGGGAUGAGAGGGAUGGAAAUGUUGGCGGAGAGUGCGAGACGGGUGGCGGAGGAAGAACAGAGACGGAAAGACCGUCGAGAGUCUGAAGACUUGCGAGGGGACCGAGCAGGGAGACAAGGUGACGUGGGGGAUAGGGAAGGGAGGGAAGGAAGUCCCAGUAAAUUGGCAGGAGGAAUGUUGGCAGGACCGAAAUAUCCUUGUCAAUGGUGUGCAAAGACGUUUUCCAGACCGAGUAGUUUGAGGAUACAUACGUAUUCCCAUACCGGUGAACGUCCUUUUGUAUGCUCUGAACCUUCUUGCGGUCGAAGUUUUUCCGUUCAAUCAAAUUUGAAACGUCAUGCAAAAGUCCAUCAAUUAGGUUCUAACCCAAUACAACUCGAUCGACCAAUACAAUCCAUGAAUCCACAUUCUCAUCCUUUGGUUGGGUUUUACGCUCAAAGACCUUUGAUGGGUUUUGGGGAUCGUAGAUCUUCGGAUGAUAGAGUUGAACGAGUGAAGGAAGUCGGUUUGGAAAGAAGGAAAGGGAUAAAAGUACAUCCUCCUCCAAAUGAAGGAUGGAGUGGGGAAGAGGAUGAAUUGGAUGAAGAUGAGUAA